UAAUUUUGUGAUUAACGUCUGCAACACGGAAAGAGCUGUGAUCAAGCUAUUUAUUACUGCGCGCAGGAGAACACGCAUACACAUCAAAACAUAACAGGUAUAAUCCAAAUGAAGCUACGAUGGGAAGGUUGUUAUUGUUGCUUUUCCUCUGUCAGUUUGCGUCAUCAGUGAAACACUCCUUGAAGUUUUUCUUCUGUCAAACAUCUGGAGUCCAGAACAUUCCGGAGUUUGUGGUGGUUGGACUUGUUGAUGGAGUUCAGAAAAGUUACUAUGAUAGCAGGACAGAGCGACCAGAACCCAAAACAGAAUGGAUGAAAAAACUCAUGAAGGAUGAUCCUCAGCACCUGGAGUGGUACACUGCUCGCUCUUUGCAUGUCCAACACUUAUUCAAACAUUACAUUGAGAAUUUGAGGAAACGUUUCAACCAAACCGAAGGUGUUCAUAUUUUCCAGAGUAUGACUGGCUGUAACUGGGAUGAUGAGACUGGACAGAUUAAUGCGUUCAAUCAGUACGGUUAUGAUGGAGAAGACUUUCUAACAUUCGACCCGCAGCGACUGACAUGGAUUGCUCUAAAACCACAGGCUGUCAUCACCAAACUGAGAUGGGAUGGUGAAGAAGAUCAAUUAAAAUGCAAUAAGAACUUUUAUGUCCACGAAUGCCCUGAGUUUUUGAAGAAGUAUGUUCAGUAUGGGAAAAACUUUUUGCAGACACCAGUUCUUCCUUCAGUGUCUCUCCUCCAGAAGUCUUUAUCCUCUCCAGUCAGCUGCCACGCUACAGGUUUCUAUCCUGACAGAGGUUUGAUGUUCUGGAGGAAAGAUGGAGAAGAGCUCCAUGAAGGUGUAGAUCUAGGAGAGAUCCUCCCCAACAAUGAUGGGACCUUCCAGAUGAGUGCUGAUCUGAAUGUUUCAUCAGUCACACCUGAAGACUGGCAGAGUUAUUACUGUGUGUUUCAGCUCUUUGGUGUAAACGAGUACAUUGUCACCAAACUGGACAAAACAGUGAUCAGGACCAACUGGGGUAAGUCUGGAUCCAGCAAUGGUUAUGAAUCGUUUUUACAGAGUAGCCAUUGAUUUUAAAAAGUGAAUACUCUG